AUGACAAUCCAGCUGGCAUCCCCCAACGGACUGAAAAAGGCAAUGUCCAACCAAACCACUGUAACCGAGUUCCUCCUCCUGGAGUUUUCUGACAGCCGGGAGCUGCAGCUUUUACACUUUGCCAUCUUUCUAGCAGCGUACCUGGCAGCUCUGAUAGGGAAUCUCCUCGUUAUCAUGGUGGUAGCCCUCGACCACCACCUUCACACUCCCAUGUACUUCUUCCUCAUGAAUUUGUCCAUCCUAGACCUGGGAAGCACCUCUGUCAUUGUCCCCAAAUCCUUGGUUUUACUUUUCUUCUUCUUCGGUACAACCAACUUUGCCUUCCUUACCAUCAUGGCAUACGAUCGAUACAUUGCCAUCUGUAAACCACUGCAUUAUGAGACCAUCAUGAAGAGGAGUGCUUGUGUCCAGAUGGCAGUCAGUGCAUGGGUCAGUGCCAUUCCCUACUCUGCACUGCACACUGGUAACACUUUUCGGUUACCUUUCUGCCACUCCAACAUCAUCAACAAGUUUUUCUGUGAUGUCCCCCAGCUGCUCCAGCUCUCCUGCUCUGACUCCUCUCUCAGUGAAUUUGGGAUUCUUAUCUUUAGUGCGUGUUUAUAUUUCAUCUGUUUUGGUUUCAUUGUUGUAUCAUAUGUUCAGAUCUUCAGUGUGGUACUGAGAAUCCCUUCAAGGCAGGGUCGGCAUAAAGCUUUCUCAACCUGUAUUCCUCACCUUGUUGUAGUUUCCUUGCUUAUUUUCACUGCCACGGUUGCAUACAUGAAGCCCAGAUCCAACUCCUCAUCAGGUCUGGAUCUCAUGGGGGAUGUUGUGUAUGCCAUACUGCCACCAAUAGUCAAUCCAAUCAUCUACAGCAUUAGGAACAAGGAAAUCAAAGCUGCCCUUGGGAAAUAUAUUGCCUGGAAUUUAUUCAGUUGA